AACACAUGAUUCGCACUGCGACAAGGCAGAUUUAUAAAUUAAUGUUCCGAACCAUUUUUCUUUUCACCACACUCGAAAUGCGGCACAGUAGAGUAAGAGCAGCUGUGAUACUCUUCCGUUUCCAUGGGCGCGAACGGUCCUGCCUGCGCGCGCUCAUGGACGGAGGGGGCUGGCGGCCGCACCUGAGUCCAGCUUACAGGUACAUGGACUCCGCUCUCUGCUCCGAGGCAAACCAUUAACUCCACACCUUAGGCACAAAGGGCGAGUCUCCGACACCUGUCCUGCUACAGCACGAUUGCAGGUAAGUUUAAGUUCCGAUGCCUACUGAAUGUACCUUCAUUUAAACUAAUUAAUCGCAGCUCAUUUGGGCAGAACUCAACCCCAUACGCGCUUUUUACUCUACCGUGUGGUUUACUGGUUUGAGAAAGUUAGAAUUUCCGCAUUUCUCUGCUAUGUAACAAUGUAUAUCAUACAUCAGUGGAUCGUAAGAAAACGUGUACGUUGAAGGAGCAGCCGGCAGAAAAGAGACGCUGAAAACAGGCUGCCCGCAGGUGAAGAUGAGUGACGUGUACGAGCAGGAUGUGGAGAUCGCCUUCACUGUCAAGUUCUUGGGCCGCACCGAGGUUCUUCGCCCUGACGGACUGCAGCUCCUGUAUGAUGCUGCAGAGGCCUUGAAGAUGCCGGAGGAAGGCAUGAGCAACAAGGGGAAGAAGAAGAAACACAAAGUGUCUCUAUUCAUGUCCGUCAAUGGAGUUGACAUCCUGGAACACGAAACAAAGUUCUUGCUGUACACCUGUCCACUGUCCACCAUCUCCUACUGCGCAGUGCACCAGACCAUGCCCCACAUUUUCGGAUUUGUGGCCCAGCAUCCUGUGGCAGACAUGUACCACUGCUACCUGUUCCAGAGCAAAAAGUUUUCCCGCUUCGUAGUGUCCAUGAUUGGGGACAUGUUUAAAGCUUCAAGGAUGGAUGACAGCGUCAAAGGCAGCAGAGAUCUGGUCGUGGAAGCCCUGCGACACAAAAAUAAGCUUCUGCUUAAGGAGAACACGGAGCUCAAGAAAAGGCUGGCUGCUCUUCUAGGAAGGGACAGUGGCAGUGACACCUCUCUUCCUCAAUAAGAAUUCAUGCUGAGGAUGAUCAAGCUCCACUGCUGAAAAAUACAUAACCAGCACAGCGAUGUGAUGUGAUGUGAUGACUCAAACUGUACUGGGCAAAACACACUGCAUCAGUA